AGUCAAUUAACUACUAGAGUCUCCUAAUAUCAUCCUCGAAAAUCACCUACAAUUCCAUCAAUCUCAUCUAACCCAAGCACAACCAUCCACAAACACAAAACUCAUAUACGCGGGACCUUCUAACCUCCAACCGACCCCUCAUCCCCGCCUCCCGCGGGACCCAACACCACCCACCGCGGUGGAGCUCCGCGAAAAAAGUCCAUGGCCUUCGCGACAUCCACAACUUUCACACGCACAUUACUCCGCCCAUUCAUCUCAACCAACUUCGCAUCCCUAUCCCUUACUCCCACCACAGCCACAUCAACAACAAUCGCACGCACCAUGUCCUCCACCACAUCCACAUCCACCCCCCAAACCGCCACCGUCGCCGCCGGCUGCUUCUGGGGCGUGGAACACCUCUUCCGCAAACACUUCGGCAACGGCAAGGGCCUCCUCUCAGCGAAAGUAGGAUAUUGCGGUGGUCACAGUGCCUCGCCUUCUUACCGGGCAGUUUGUACGGGUGAUACUGGACACGCCGAAGCCCUCCAAAUGACCUACGACCCUAGCAUCGUGAGCUACCGCUCCCUGCUCGAGUUCUUCUAUAGAAUGCACGACGCCACGACGCUGAACCGCCAGGGUCCGGACGUCGGCACACAAUACCGCAGUGUGAUCUUCACGCAUAACGACGAGCAGGAGAAGAUUGCCACUGAGGUGACGGACAAGGUCAGCAAGGAGUGGUUCAAGCAGCCGGUUUCGACGGUCGUGGUGCCUGCGGGUCAGUGGUGGGAUGCGGAGGAGUAUCAUCAGUUGUAUUUGAAUAAGAAUCCCGAGGGGUAUGAGUGUCCGGCUCAUUUUGUGAGGUCGUUUCCUCCGCUUUCUGAGUAGGGUGGUGAUUGUUGGUGAGCUAUGG